AUGGCCAAGUUCUUCAAGCUAUCCUUCCUUGCCGCCCUUUUAGCGUGGGCACCAACCCAGACGAUGGCUCAGGGUAUUCGAGGCACAGCGACAUUCACCGGUCGUGACCAUACGGGUGGGACCUGUUCGCUCGCCAACUAUACGCUCCCGGCCGGUAUCUCAGGGACAGGCAUUGGACCUUCUAAUUGGGCUCAGGCCGGAAAGUGUGGUUCGUGUAUCCAGGUCAAUGGACCACGAGGGAGCACCAAGGUCAUGAUUGUGGACAGCUGCCCAUCGUGCCUCGAGAAUCGCUUGAAUCUUUUCGAAGACGCGUUCAAGCAAAUCGCGGACCCCGUCGAUGGUAUCGUCGAUGUAACGUUCGAUGUGGUGUCCUGUGGCCUCAGCAGCCCUUUAAUAGUCCGGAGCAAGAUCGGAACCUCGAGGUGGUUCUUCUCGCUGCAAGUGUUGAACUGCAACUACCCCAUCACCGAGCUCGAAGUCAGCACCGACGGCGCGCAGACGUGGGAGCCGACAGUCCGACAGGAGUAUAACUACUUCGAGAGAGACGAUAAGACCGGCUUCGGGAAGGACGAGGUGAUUGUGAGGGUGUCGUGCGCAAAUGGGAACCAAGUGAUCAUUCCGAACGUAACUAUGGAUGAGAGGGAGAUUCUGGCACCGGUGAACUGUUAA